AUGUUCCCAAAAACCAUUCGUCGACCACCUCUUUUUCAGCGGCAGGAUGGCAAACACUAUGGGAAGUCACCUUUUCCUUCCUGGCAACUCUUCAUUUUGGGACUAUGUCGCAUUUGCGAGCCAAUUGCUUUCAUGUCAAUUUUCCCAUACGUUUAUCACAUGGUUUCCUCCUUCCAUGUAACCGACGACAACCGUAAGAUUGCUCUAUACGCUGGUGCAGUAACAUCGGCCUUCACGUUUGCAGAAUUCUGCGCCGGCGUGUUCUGGGGCCGCAUGAGUGACGCGUUUGGAAGGAAACCAGUAUUGCUUAUGGGCCUUUUUGGCACUGCGGUCAGCAUGCUCUUAUUCGGGCUUGCACCCUCUCUGCCGAUUGCUCUUCUUGCUCGAGCUCUGGGAGGGCUCUUGAACGGCAACAUUGGCGUCCUGCAGACCACUGUGGCGGAAUUAGUGAAGGAGAAAGAGCACCAGCCUCGAGCUUACUCCAUUAUGCCGUUUGUAUGGUGCCUUGGCUCGAUCAUUGGACCUGCGUUGGGAGGAGCGUUGGCACAGCCAUGUGAUAACUAUCCGUCUCUCUUUUCACAAGAUUCAAUCUUCGCUAAAUACCCUUUCCUGCUGCCGAACUUGGUAUGCGUGGUGAUAUUGGCGGUUGGCAUCACCAUUGGUCUUCUAUUCCUGGAAGAAACCCACGCGGAAAAGAGACUUAAACGCGAUAGGGGUCGUGAGGUUGGGAACUGGCUGAUGACGAAACUCAGAGCGCGGAGUGCCAAAGACGAACUGUCCGAUGACCGCGCACCGUUUUUGUUCGAAGAACCGCCGCUAGGGUACGAAAGUACAGAGAAUUCACCUCGCCUCAGCUCCGUUAAAACUCCAGCGAUGUCACUGAGGGACUAUUGUCCAAAGCCAAAGAAAUCGGUUCUCAAAAUAUUUACUCCACGGAUCAUUUAUAUUAUCUUGGGAUAUGGAAUUCUUGCCUAUUCGCCAACUUCGAAUACGACGUUUGAGCUUCCUUUCAAAUUUCAAGGGGGAUUGGGCCUCUCGACCAAAGCGAUUGGGUUCAUGAUGGCUGUCCAAGGAGUUUAUGCAAUGAUUGCUCAGUUGUGGUUAUUUCCCUUUGUGGUUGAAAUAUUCGGAACCCUCAAGACAUAUCGGCUUGUCAUGUGCAUAUGGCCGCCGCUUUACCUCGCUGUACCAUACUUGGUACUUUUGCCUCCGACUCUGCAAACUCCUGCUGCCUACAUGGCGUUGAUAGGGAAGAUUACUCUACACGUCAUCGCGUUCCCGUCAAGUUCGAUGCUUCUUGCAAACGCCGCGCCCUCAAAAACUGUCCUAGGCUCAAUCAAUGGGGUCGGAGCGUCCGUUGCAAGCUUAAGUCGAUCCCUCGGGCCAACAUUUACUGGGUUCUUGCAUUCCCGUGGGCUUGAAUCUGGUUAUUCAAUACUCUCAUGGUGGGUAUGUGGCGCUAUCUGUUUGGCUGGUGCGAUCGAGAGCUUCUGGAUCGACGAAGAUGCCGGAGAGCAAGACGUGCCUGAAUUAUCAGAGAAAGUACCCAUAGACGAUUGCGAGACCGGGAUACAGAUCAUAAACCCCGUCGAGCCACAUGAGCUAUCGGGCCCACAUGUAGAAGAGCUGCUUUUUCUCGCGCCAUCUCCUCGAGGGCAAUACGAUUUAGCCAUCUUACAGGCCGACACGGACGAUAUUCUCGAAUUUGACCUUAAUGACUCCGAGUGA